UAACACACAUCACCAGAAAUUCUCAAGUUGGCAACGCUGAUUUCACUAAAAAUCUUCCCAUACUCGAAUGACAAGUAAACACAAUAAAAGAAACGCCAUUUUCUGAUUGUCAAAAAGGUUUUGCACGCAAUUAAAAAUUUAUCGUGAUAAAGAGACUGUUUGUGGAAAUUUUUCAAGAGUAAGUUCAUUACUGAAUUAAAUACCUAAUCUCCAAAAUACGCCAACUAGUUUUCAUAAUUGUUAAAUGUUUACUGUCGAAAAACAGCUGACUAGAUGCUUCCUUAAUUUAAUUGACAGUAUUAUUGUUCUUUUAAAAGCUAAAUUGUGCGGGUAAUUAGUGUGCUUUACACGAAAUUUCCGCCCCCUCUUUGUGCAUUGAAAAGUUUCGUCUGGUUUUCUCGUUGUUAUUUCGAAUUGUAGUGUUAAUAUCAUCGUGUUCAGAUAAGAUUAUUAUUGGAUGACAUCACAAAAAAAACACAAAAUUUGACUGAAAAACCGAAGGGAAAAUGGCCAGCCGGAAGAAGACCCUGCUCAAAGUGAUCAUCCUGGGCGAUUCGAGCGUUGGAAAGACGUCCUUAAUGAACCAGUACGUGAACAGGAAGUUCUCUAAUCAAUACAAAGCCACCAUCGGAGCGGAUUUUCUGACCAAGGAACUUACCGUCGACGAUCGAACUGUUACCAUGCAAAUUUGGGAUACGGCCGGACAGGAGAGAUUUCAAUCGCUGGGCGUCGCUUUUUACAGAGGGGCCGAUUGUUGUGUUUUAGUUUUCGACGUAACGGCCCCGAACACGUUCAAAUCCCUAGACAGCUGGCGCGACGAAUUCCUCAUCCAAGCCUCGCCCAGAGAACCGGAAAACUUCCCGUUCGUUUUACUCGGCAACAAAGUCGACCUCGAACCUCGCGCCAUUUCGGCCAAAAGGGCCCAGCAGUGGUGCCAAUCGAAGAACAACAUCCCCUAUUUCGAGACGUCCGCCAAAGAGGGCUUGAACGUGGAACAGGCAUUUUUGGCCAUAGCCAAGAACGCCUUGGCUCAGCAAAAUUCCACCGUUGAUUUGUAUAACGAAUUUCCCGAUCAGAUCAAGUUGACUAAUACGCAGAAGAGUGGAGGGAACGGGGAUUCUUGCGCAUGCUGAAUUGAGAUUAUUUUAUUUUUUAUUAUUUUUUUGUUUUUUUUUUCGGUUAAUAGAUUGUUUUUGAAAUUAAUUAAUUGAUUAGGGGUAGUUGAUGAAGUGUAUUUAAUUUUUUAGGUGUAAAAAUUGAGUUUACUGGUAUAGUAGGCUUCUUUUUUAUUGCAAAAAUAACGUUGAUGUUGAAUAUUUUGUAUAUAUUUAGCACUUUAUUUACUAAUUACGAAUUUGGUGAGCUAAAAAAUCAUGUAAAAUCUCUAAUUUUUCUCCUAAAAUUCCCAUAA